UUUGCGUUGUCAUAAAAAAAGAAAAUCCAAAUCCACGCCGAGCACAUUUCACUGCGACUCAAGGAAGGAGCUCCAUUCGAGCCGUGUUGUUAUUAUUCUGAGCUGUCAACCACAAAGCUAACUAAACUUAAUAAGCAGCCAUGUCUUCAGACUUCGAGACCUACGAGCAGGACUUUGCCACCCUUACAGCAGAAGUAACUAACAAAAUUGGCCGAAUUCCCAAACUCAGUGGAGAGGAGAAGACGCAGCUGGUUCUAAAUGUCGACAAACAGCUCGAAGAAGUCAGAGAGUUGCUGGAGCAGAUGGACCUGGAGGUGCGGGAGAUUCCCAUCCAGAGUCGAGCCAUGUACAACAGCAGACUGAAGAGCUACAAGCAGGAAAUGGAGAAGCUCGAGAAAGACUUUAAAAGGUCACGCAUUGCCUACAGUGACGAGGUGCGCAACGAGCUCCUCGGGGAAGACGCCGGCUCCUCUGAGAACCAGUUGAUAAAGUUACGUGAAGAGAGAGCGCAUCUGUUGGACAAUACAGAGAAGCUGGAAAGGUCAUCACGGAGACUGGAGGCUGGCUACCAGAUAGCAGUAGAAACUGAACAAGUGGGUCAGGAGGUUCUUGCCAACCUGCACAGUGACCGUGAGAAGAUCCAGAGAGCCAGAGAAAGACUGAGAGAAACAGACGCCAACCUGGGCAAGAGUUCUCGCAUCCUUACCGGCAUGCUGAGAAGGAUCAUCCAGAAUCGGAUCCUGGUCUUCGUCCUUGGAGCCAUUAUUCUUCUCACCAUCAUCCUGGCCAUCUAUUUCAAUCUGCGGGGCCACUGAUCUCCCCUUUACGCACACACACACCCACAUGUAAACCCCCCUUCCUGGUACAAAUACAAACACACACACACAUGCGUGAUUAAUAGCGACAAAAGCGUUGUUCUGCUGUAAUUAGGACAAAUGGUCCCCAUGAAUCACUGUUUCCAACGCCUGACAGGGAGCUUUUUCCACAUCUUUCUCCUUUCCCGUCUGCUGUCUCCUCCUCUUUCUUUCCCUCGCUACCUUUUUUCCUCCACUUUGCAC